CAAAACAAAAUUAAAUUACUGGAUUACGAAUGACUCAACUAAGACAUAAACUGCUCAAAUGGAAAAAACCUGAAAAAAAAAACAGACGUUACUAUCAUAAACAUUGACGCGUACAGAAAACAACCAAUCAAACUACUAGAAAUCUAUGAUCUGGAAAAUAAAUCUUAAUACUUCUAAACACUUUAGACAUAAUUACCCAAGGAGACAACAUGGACAGAAAAUGUAGAUUGGUAAAUAAUUUUUGGUUAUUAAUCUAUGGAUUCUGUUAAUAAAAGUAUUAAACAGAAAAUGGCGGAGAACAAAUUUAUUGUAAUAACUGGACCAAACGGAUGUGGAAAGUCAAUCUUUCUUAAACAGUAUUAUGAAAAAGUUAAUAAUUUAGAUCCGAAUAAUGGGAAAAUAUUUUUUAUGAGACAUAAUGAAUACUUUGAUGAAUUUACUCCACUACCAUUCAGCUCUGAAGGUGGUCGUAAAUUUGCCGAUUUAAGGCCAAACGACCGAAUCAUUGAAGAAAUCUUCGAAGCAGCGAAAUCUGAAGUGUUCGAUAAAAGCCUUAUCAAUAAAAACAUAACAGGUGAAUAUAAAUUAGCAAAAGAUAAUGUAGUAAAGCAAUAUAAAUUUGAUGACUUUUUAUCUAAAAAAGAUGAAAUAUUUGAAAAUAUUAAAAAAAUGCUGAGUAUCUUUCUUAAUACAAAUGUCGAGCAUACAGGUUAUUUCAGGUAUAUGUGUCGCGCUUAUAUGAUUCGAUUUGAGGACAAUUUUAAUGAAGCUAAAAGCAGUAAAAAAUUUUCAAAAGUAUUUUUUUUUUACAGAAAUAAAUUGCAAAUACAACAAACUUCAGGGCUUUCUGCAGAUGAGUUCUUAGCACUUUGGGAUAACAAUGAGGAUUUUUCAAAUAAAAUUUUGAUAAAUUAUGCAUUUUAUAAUUGCGGAGUACUGGAUUUUAUAGAAGACUUAAAUGCGAUGCUAAAGAAAAUCAACUAUAAAUAUAAAUUUUCAGUUGAACCUAAAAAAGAUUUUGAUUUUAAUUAUCCAUCCAUUAAUUUUAUGAUAUCUGAUCAAAAUAAUGAAGCAAUUAAUGAUUCUCUAAUCAGACUUUCUUCGGGAGAAAACUGGAUUCUAGGUGUUUUAAUGUGGCAGUAUAGCUCAUCUGGUUCUACUAGUAGAAUUCCUAUAAAGUUUAAAGAGUUAAUACUAGAUGAACCUGAUAAACAUCUUGAUCCAAAGUUGUGCAAACAGUUUAUAGAUAUUGUCACUAAAGUAUUUAUACCAAAUGGAAUCCAAGUAGUCAUGACUACGCAUCGCGUUGAUACGGUAGCACUAGCACCAAAAGAGAGCAUAUUUAAGCUUCCACCAGAUUAUAAUGAAAAAACUAGAUAUAGGUCUGGUGAAGAACAACUUAACAGUCUUCAAAAGUCUUGUAAAGCGGAAGCUACAUUUCGUAUGACCUCUAAUUUAAGAGAAAUAACAAACUACCACCAUAAAGUAUAUACAGAAGCUUUAGAUGAUGCACAUUUUUAUGAAAGCGUUUACUCAUUUUUAAGAGUUUAUUGCUCUGAAGUUCGCCAAAAUGCUCGUGACAAUUUAGUAAAAGGGGAUGAUAGAUUUCAUUGGGACAUUAACGGAGAAAAAAUAAGGAUUUUGUCAGAACGUUGUCAGUUGUCGUUUUACCCAGCUAGUACGGCAGGUAAUGAUCAGGGUGGUUGUGAGGAAGUAAAAAAAGCAGUUAGACGUGGUCAGAAUUUUCAUGAUGCUUCUAAAGGACCAUUUGACGAACUCGCGUUAUUGAUACCCUACGGUAUUUUAGAUAAUGACUAUGAUAAAAAACAUAAUUUUUCAAGCAAAGGAGAAGUUAAAAUUGAUAUUACGGAUUACAUUGUAACUUUCGAAAGACAUAGCUUUGAAAAUUUUCUUUACGAUCCAUUUAUAAUAGUAAGUAUCUAUAAAUAUAUGAGUUCUCAAGAAAAGACUGAUACUAGUAAUUUCGACGAAUGUUAUCAAGUUCUGAAAUAUGCUCUUGAUAAGAAACCUGUUGAACUGGGAGAGGUUCAGUUUGCAGCUAACCAAUGUUUUUACCAAUUAAUAAAAAAUAAAGACAAGGUUGACAAAGCAUUAAUAAAAAAAAAAAUUGACGCUGAGAUUGACAAAAGCAUAAAAUUUAAAUUGGAAUUGGAACCUGCAAAAGCUUAUGCAAGUUCAAAACUUGACCAAAUAUUUGGUUUUGAUAUAGAAAAAGAUUUAGACAGUUUAAAAAUUGAAAUAUGUGAUCGAAAUGCAUUUUCUAAAGGCGCCAAUGUUAAAGAACCUGACGCUUUGUAUGAUAUAAUAAAACCACAGCAGAUUAUUAAUCGUAGAAUUGUAGAAUUCUACCAGAAAGAUGCGUUAAAUAAAUUAGGAACUCAAAAAAUAGCCGUGAUCAUAGAUAAUAAGGAAUCAAUUGAAGUAGAGUAUCCAAAACUGUUUUUAAAGUGGAGGGGUCAUGAGCUUAACUACCCAGUUAAAUCUAGUAAAAAGAAUUUUAAAAAAACUUUGUUAAAUAACCUGCAAAAAAUGCCUACAAAUUUGUUAAAAGAAAAGACCCGUCUAUUUGUUCCCAUGGACUUAGCGAAGAUAUUUUUUGACUUAAGUACAAAAGUUAGACAUCACGUACGUGAGAAAAUUAAGCCAGACAAUAAAAAAGUAGCAAAUUAUGAAAAAAGUGGUAAUUAGAUUUAAUGACACCGAACAACUAACAAACAAAAUAAUACACCGAACAAACAAAACACCGAACAAACAAAAUAAUUAUCCUACUGACAAUAUUUAUGACGAAUUAAAAGGACGAUAGUUACUGGCCUACUUAUUGGUAUCAAUAAAGUAAGAAAAUAAUAAAUAAAAAAUUUGAGCUUUGUAGUAAAAGUGCAAAAAUCAAAAAUUGUAAAUAUGUAAGUGCAGAAGUUAAUAAGUUCGAUUUUGGUAGAGUUUUGCUAACGUUCCUAGCAAGUGUGAUGUUAGUAGUAAUGAUAGUAUCAACAUCAAUAUAAUAAGAACUCGGUUGAUCUAGUAACAGAGCAUAGUUCAGAUUAGAUUGAAAUACGUUAUUUAGACUAAUUUGCAUAUUGUAGUUACUGAACAUCAAGUAAAAAUAUAACAAUAAAUAAUAUAACAUUCUUUGACAGAAGGCUUGUUACUCCAUACUAUUAGACAUACAGAAGGCAUGUUAUACCAUAUUAUUGUUGAUUCAGGUUAUUUUAUUUUUCAAUUAUGAUUAUAAAUAGUAAAGUUAUAUAGUUCACAAAGUUUUUGUUUUUACAAUAAAUGUAUUUACAUAA